AUGAAUCUGCUGGUGUGGCUCCUAGUGCUGCUCCUGCUAUGCUGCCACCUCAGCCACGGCCAGGCCAAUAUCCUCAACACGUUGCUGGGCGUUCCCGGCAAGUUGAGCUUCUCCUGCUGGCUGCAGGGCGGCAAGCAUGCUAAGGGCUGUGGCAGCAACAAGUGGCUCUUCAGCUGCUGCAUCGCCGCCGAUCCCCAGCAUCCGCAUCUAUCCCAGUCGCAGCUGCCGCAUCCGCAUCCGUCGUCUUUGGUGAAUCUCAUCGAUUAUGGCCAGCUCAAGAUGAGUCUGCAGAGUCUGCCCAAGCGUAUCAAGUUGCGGCGUCGCGACGACAAUGAGCUGCUCAACGUUCAGCCCGAGUGUGGGGUGCCACGAACUGCUCAGAACACGCUACAGAAGCGUAUCAUCGGAGGCCGGCCGGCACAGUUCGCCGAGUAUCCGUGGCAGGCGCACAUCCGCAUAGCCGAGUACCAGUGCGGCGGGGUGCUAAUCUCGGCCAACAUGGUGGCCUCGGCUGCCCAUUGCAUACAGCAGGCGCAGCUGCCGGAUAUCACCGUGUAUCUGGGGGAGCUGGAUACCCAGGAUCUGGGCCACAUAAACGAGCCGCAGCCAGUGCAGAAGCACAGCGUAGUGCAAAAGAUCAUCCAUCCGCGCUUUAACUUUCGCAUGACGCAGCCAGACAGCUACGAUCUGGCUUUGCUGAAGCUGGCCCACCCCACGGCCUUCAGCGAGCACAUCCUGCCCAUUUGCCUGCCCCAUUAUCCCAUCCGGUUGAUCGGACGCAAAGGCCUCAUCGCCGGCUGGGGUAAGACCGAGGCACAUUUGGGGAAUGCGGGCACCAACAUGCUGCAGGUGGCCAGCGUCCCCAUCAUUACCACCUUCGACUGCAUUCGCUGGCACGAGAGCAAGCAAAUAAAUGUGGAAAUCAAGGCGGAAAUGUUCUGUGCCGGCCACUCGGAUGGCCACAUGGAUGCGUGUCUGGGCGACUCCGGAGGUCCGCUGGUGAUCAAGGAUCGCGGACGAUUUGUACUCGUCGGCAUCACUAGCGCCGGCUUCGGCUGUGGCGUCGAUCACCAGCCAGGCAUAUACCACAAUGUUCAGAAGACUGUGAGGUGGAUACAAGAUGUGGUGACACGCAACGAAUUGUAUCGAAAGCGCCUGGAAUUAGCCCGCGACAAAUCUCAUUAGUUUAUGGCUCGUAGCAUUAGGCAGUGGAUAUGUGCAAUACAAAACAUGCCAAACCACAUAAGAAACACAUUUAUUUAGUAGAUUUAAUAAAUAUU